AUGUAUCACAUCUACACUUUCAACAGCGCGACCGGCGAGCGAUCCAUGUCGAUCCCCAAGCGCUACUCGGAGUUCAAGCUGCUGGACGAGCAGCUCCGAGCUCUCAACGUUCCGGCUGCGCACGACCUGCCGGCGCUGCCCAAGCCCAGCGUGGGCAGCUUCCUGCGGGGCCGCCGCAGCAAGAAGACCAUCGAGUUGCGCGAGAAGGCGUUCGGCGACUUCCUGCACUACGUCACGCAGCACGAGGAGCUGCGCGAGUGCGCCGUCUUCCAGCAGUUCAUCGCCAACUAA